UUUUUUUUUUUUUUUUUUUUUUUUUUUUGCGGACCACCGCUGAGGCCCUGUAUUCGUCCAACAUGGCCCCAAGGUCAGGGCAACAGGCCCCCGCGACAAACGCAAGCCGCAACCGUUGUCCCCAGUGGUGGAAUGGACUUUGGUGUCCUUGGAAUUGACCGUCCACCAUAUUUCAAUCACAUACGAUGAUGAUGAUGCACCUCGGCCCUUCACUUCGAUUCCCCAGAGACGGAGCUUCUGCAUGGACGAAAACCAACGCCGGCAAGACAAUAGACAUUAUCUUUGGAGUGGGACGAUAGCCAUCUCGAAUCUCCUCGGGCGCGGCGACACCGAUGCAUCUUCAUCAAGGCAUCGUGGCCUGCAUUCGGUUCUCCGACAGGUGGCCGGUGCGGCGCGAUGCGAUGACGAGGUUCAUGUCGUGGAAUACAUGGUCAACUUUGCCCAAAAUUUCCAGUCCACGCCGCCACGCCGCCUCGUCGCCCGAAUCUCAGAGAACACCCCCGUCAAAAUGUACUGAACCGUCUUUACAUCUCCGACGACCGUCCAUACAAGUCCCCGGCCACCCCGGGCAGCAUAGGCCGACCCCGAAACGAAACACUGUCGAACUGUCUGCCACGAUCAGAUGUCCGCGAACAGGAGCCCAGACACGCUUCCAGAGGUUGGCUGGCUCGUCUUACUUCCCCAUUCCAACCAUCCGCCGCCUUGGAAUCGCCCAUCAAAAGACACCUUGGUGCGACGUUCAAAAGUUGGGUGAAUUUCGCACAAGAUUCGGUACCAACGAUGAGAAUGCCAUGGUAGUUCCGCUUCGCGCCGCUUCGGUCCUGCCACCCACCACAUGGUAAGUCUCGGUAGCAUGUAUAGCCCCCCUCAACGCGAUCUUCUCCCUUGUGCUCUCGACCAAAAUCAUGGAAGACGGGGCGUCGGUUGAUCAUGCCCUCGCGUGUGGCCACACAGAACAUGAUCCCCGUCCUGGGUCCGCCUCUUCAAAAUGACCAAGGCAUGUAUAGCAAAGGUAGGCCGAAGUCGCCAUAACUGGCGCAACGAUAUAUGAGAAUGCUGAUGCCACACAAGAUACAGAGUGGAAAAUAGAAUAUUUUAUUUCUUUCGCGUCAUCGUCAUCGUCCCAGCUUGCCGCUCCCAAAUCGCAGCGAUGCGUGGUCGCUGAAUGCCCAAUAUAUGCUGUGAGGUUUGCCUGAACGCCAAAAGAUGCAGAACCCAACCCCCC